AUGAGCUAUUCAACUUAUGCCCCAACAUUUAAAGUUCCAGAAGGUUUUCCAGAGCUUUUAGCAGAAUUAACAACAGAGAUUCUUCGAGAACAACCAGUAGACGCUACAGGAACAUAUAAAUUCUGUUAUGAAUUCUUCCUUCGCAAACAGCAGGAACAACAAAAUGGCGGACAACAACCAGAAGCUACCGAAUAA